CUGUAUUUAUUGUGAGGAGUCGAACCACGAUGAACACCGACGCUUUUUGCUGUUCUAAUGAUGCCAGCUCUAAUAACGGCGACGGGUGUGCGACGGCAAGAUUUGUUUACACAAAUGAGGAGAGGGAGAUACUGCGAUCCCUCGUAAACAAAUAUCGGGCUGUACUCGAAAACAAGAAAACAAAUAACGCCUCGAAAGGAGCUAAAAACAAGGCGUGGGAGAAGCUUGGCACAGAUUACAACUCCCAGCCGAAUGUUCGGCCACGGACCGUGAAGCAGCUCAAGAAGUGCUGGGACAAUGAGAAGAGCCGCUGGAAAAAGAAGGACUCUCAGGAGAAGCGCGACAUAUACGCCACAGGAGGAGGACCACGCACAUGCCGGCCAAUGAGUCCAUCGCUUGUCCUCGUGGGGGCCGUGGCGUCACACAUGGCAACACGGCUGCCGAACCCUCAUGACAGUGACAACCAUGACGGUCAACCAGUGUUGUCAUUGUCACCAGCAACAAUAUUUGAGUCAAUGGUUGACCCAACCAAUGAUUGUCUCGACGAUGUGCAAGGUACUCCUGCUAGCCAAGCACAGUCGCCACUUCGUGCUUCCAGCGAGGAUGCAGGAGCAUCAGGUCAUGCGCCUCAAACUGCAUCGGAGACACACCGUGAUCCAGAAACUCCAGCUGUGAGGAGAGGUGGAGGACGCAUAGCCGCGCUGGAGCGAAUGUUUGCUCCGGAGAAGGAGGCCCGCGUCGCCGCCUGCCAGAAAACGAAUGACCAGCAGGAGCUGGAGCACCAGCUACGGAUGCGCCUGCUUCGGGGCCAACUAGCUCACCAGCGGCGGCACAACAAGCGAGAGCUCCAGCAUCUCGAGUACAGACACAGUAUGGAGAAAGAGCUGCUCCACCUUGAUAUAAAAAUUAAGCAGAACCAGCUAGAAUCAUUGACCAGGCAGCUGCAAUAG